GUGGCCUUUGAAGGCGGCGGGUUCCGGUUCCUUUAUCUUCCCUCUGAUCUCCAUUUAAAGAAUCACGACAAUUCAAUUCAAUUAAAUCUCUACGACAAUUCAAUUCAAUUAAAUCCCGUCUUCCCAAAUCAACGAACCCCCUCCCCUUUCUGGGUUUCAUCCGGAAAUUUUGUUUUCCAAUACUCAUGGAGACGGGAUCCUCUUCGACCAAUGAACGCCUUCAUUUUGGGAAGAUGGGAUAUGGAUGCCAACAUUAUAGGAGGAGAUGCAAGAUUCGAGCUUCAUGUUGCAACGAGGUUUUCUGGUGUCGUCAUUGCCAUAACGAGGCAUCGAGCACGUUAAAGUACCCUUCAGACAGGCACGAGAUCAUUCGUCAAGACGUUAAACAAGUUAUUUGUUCGGUUUGUGACACAGAGCAGCAGGUUGCUCAACUUUGUUCAAAUUGUGGCGUCAAUAUGGGAGAAUAUUUUUGUGAUAUUUGCAAGUUCUUUGAUGAUGAUACCGAGAAAGAGCACUUUCAUUGCCAUGAGUGUGGGAUCUGCAGAGUUGGCGGUCAGGCUAACUUUUUUCAUUGCAAAAAAUGUGGGUCUUGCUAUUCCAUUGCUUUGCAAGGUAAUCAUUUCUGUGUGGAGAACUCGAUGCGGCAUCACUGCCCCAUAUGUUACGAGUACCUAUUCGAUUCAUUGAAAGAUACCACUGUGAUGAAAUGUGGUCACACGAUGCACUGCGAAUGUUACUAUGAGAUGAUAAAGCGCGACAGAUAUUGUUGUCCGAUAUGCUCAAAGUCAGUAAUGGAUAUGUCUAGAACCUGGAAGAGGAUAGACGAAGAGAUCGAAGCAACUGUAAUGCAGGACUACAGGUACAAGAAGGUUUGGAUCCUAUGCAACGAUUGCAACGACACUACGGAAGUUCUCUUCCACAUAAUAGGGCAGAAAUGCAGUCAUUGUAAAUCAUACAAUACCCGCAUGAUCACCCCACCGGUACUCCCUCGUUGAAAAGAUCACGACCGAGGAACCAACGAAUCGAGCUCGAGGCAUCUAAGGUGUGUGCGUGUAUCAUAAAAUCCGAGGAAGAAUUAUUGAUGACAUGUUUGAUCAUUUACUUGUAUUUCAUCAUUGGAUUGAUAAUGUAUGAGUAUAGUAUAUGAUUCAAAUUA